ACAGUAGGUUUAGAUUGGAAUGAUCCUAUUCCUUUAGAUGAAAGGUAUCGCAAUGAUGACCGAUACGGUGAAAUUGUUGGGGCCUUUGAUGAUUUUAAAGAGAUAGCACAAUAUAUUGUUGAAGGUUUAGAUCAAAUGAUAAAAAAAAAAGAUUACGUUCAAGCGAUCCGUUAUUUUUAUAAAGCUAUACAACUUGAAAAUUCAUGGAUGAGAAAGAUGUCGACUAGUAUAUUUAUGAUUAAUGUAGAUAAGUUACGACGAACCGAUAUCAUUAUCUUAUAUGUGAAAAUUUGUUUAAAGAUUCUUAAUGAUGAUGCUUUGGAACAUGCAAAGAAAGAUGGAUUAUUCAAACAGGCUAUUGAAGAGGCUAGAUUUGUUCUAAAUACGUAUAUAGUAUUUGAUAAAACUUGUGGGGGGGAUGGUUUAUUUAAUGAAUUUUUACAACAAUGGGUACAUGUACAAGCGAAUGCAGAUAAAAUGCAUGAAAAUAUAAUUUCAGAAUUAGUUAACGAAUACUUUUCAGUUAUCGACAUUAAUCACGAAGAUGAGCCGAAUAUUCCAUUUGACGAUGUGGAAGACAUUCCCUUGGAUAUUGAUGAUACACUAUCUGAGAG